UCCGUGUUCGAGUUUCACGUGCAACUCGUGAACGUGAAUGUGCGUGUGACGUCUGUUCGUCGAGUUUGUGUAGAAAGUUCUGUGUUCGGAAGCGGAAUUGUACACGCUCCACAAUACAGUGGGGAAAUCAAGGCUUUAAACGGUUGCCUCCCUUUGACUCAAGUUGAAUGCUAAUUGCGUGACAACGCAAAAGACAAUGUCAACAACGGCAGAGGUGACGACUUGAAGCUUAUCGAUGUGACAAUCACCGGUAUUGAGCAAGUACGAUACCACUACACUGUGGGACGGCUACCCGUAACCCCACGCCCUAGUUGAGGGGGUCAGCGUUCGAGGGGCAGGAUACCAUGCCUACACUCUACCACCGUUUCCCCAUCCGCACCAGACAUCGCAGACACAGCAAGCCAAGAAGUUUGGUGGAUGGUCAGAUCCCAGCAGUUGUGUCCAGUGUUGACAUUGAUGAAAUCAACGCAAAACCGUCGGUUCCAUACCGACUUCCCCGUAUUUCCCCAGGGGUGACACCUCGUCUGUGUUGCAGCGAGGAGGAGAGCGAAGAUGAUGUGUCGGAGAAGAUGUGGGGGAGAUUUGGUUAUGAGGACAUUGUCAGAAUCCCCGCCUUGACGCCAAGUAUCAACAGGGUGUCAAUUGGGAAUAACCCACGGAUUACAAAUUCCCUGAACACCUCCCUCGCCAUGGCCGUUCCUCGAUUCCGAACUGCUGCCAUUACACCCACUAAGUCUAUCUCGAAGAUAAAGGAUGAGAUUGAUGCAUAUAAAAGCCUUUUGGAGAAGGCCAACAGGGGAGAUAACUCUGACAUUGCUGCAUACCCUGAACCCACCCCGACCCCAGUCAGUCGCAGUGCCUCCCCCACCAAAUCUGUCAAGAGUAUUCAUUGGACCCUGGGUAGCAGCGCAAAGAAACAACUCAUGUUUGACAAGAGGGGUAGAGGGAGAGCACAAGGACCCUUCUCCCGGGAGUUCACCGUCACAUGCUUUGCCCCACAAAACUGGUUGAGGCUAAAGCUGGGACGAUCAAAGACCAUGUAUCACUAGAAAAGGACGAAUUUGAACUUUAAAAAAUGCCCCUCCACCUUGAAAGUGCUGGUGUUAUACAGUGACAUAUAAAAACACCCUUGGCACUGCCUGUUGGGCAGGGGAACCUUAUUGACUUUAGUUUGUUACAGGUUACUCAUAUAUUUGGUGAUGUUUCAUCUGGUAAUACAGCCUUUCUUGGGGAAAUACAUACAGGGAACUACACAAGUAUUACAUUGGUGUUGACAUCAAUAAUUCAAGUGUUUUUAAUUUGUUUUCAUGGAUAUUCCUGUAUAACCCACAUGGUCAAGUCUAAGGUGCUGUAGGUCACUAUUCGGAGUUACAUCCCUUAGGUGUGUAAGGAACUUAUGACAAAAGGUUUGAUUCUUGGUUCACUCUGACUUCAUUCUUAGGUUUUGCAAGUGCCAUACCUGUGCCUAAUGGAACUCACCAAAGUGGUUGAUAUCGUGGUUGAAAUGCUGUGAUAUGACUGAAGUAAUGUUCAAGUCAAUAUCAAGCUCAACUCUGUUACUGUGGACAUAGAUUUAUGUAUUUGUAUUAUCCUCUUAUUUCAACGGACCCGUGAAGAUCCGGGGUAGAAUAGAUCUUCAGCAACCCAUUCUUGUCAUACAAGGCGACUAUGCUUGUCGUAAAAGGCG